AUGUACGUGUUGACCGUCCUCAAGCGCCACCUCGGUGUCGACAUCCUGGAGCAGUUUGUUUUGGACUUUGAGAGAGGCUGGCUCCAUCGCCUCAACGUUAAGGCUGGACAUGGGACGACACUGUUCUACAGACUGGUUCCCCUUCUGGUUAGAGAAGCAACCAUUGUCGAGACCAGCGUUGCUGCGGAAGAUUUCUCUAGGGACAACCGUGCCGUUAACAGCCGGAUGGAGAAGCAGCUGACCGCCGCCACAGACAGUUACAUGACGGAUGGACUGUCAACAACAGCAUUCUUGCGAAAGUGUGCCGCGUUGUACACGUGUCGGUUGGACGGGGCAGAGGAAGAUGAGGCUAGAGACCAAUGAGAUGUGCUUUUUCUGUGGGACCAGUUCGAACAAUGUGUUUUUGUUGUUGUAUGUUG